UACAGGAGAUGACCAGAGACUGUGGACACAGUGCAGGGCAUGACCAGAGACUGCAGACAUAGUACAGGGAAUGAGCAGAGACUGUGGACAGUACAGUGGAUGACCAGAGACUGUGGACAGUACAGGGAAAGAGCAGAGACUGUGGACAGUACAGGAGAUGACCAGAGACUGCAGACAGUACAGGGGAUGACCAGAGACUGCAGACAGUACAGGAGAUGACCAAGAGACUGCGGAGGGGGAGCGGGCACCUGAAUUUGACAGUGGGCACCCGGCUGUCACAGCUGAGUGCCCACAC